GGUGAGAGGGUCCAAACGCUCAAAGCAGGUUGGGGCGUUGUGGGGGAGGUUUUGACUCGCUUCAGUCCCCUCCUUGGGGAUGUGCCAUGUCCCCCCACCACCUGUGCUCCUACCAACUCUACAGUUUCCCUAGAAUCGGCUCACUUUUUAAAGUUACGUAAAUGACCUUAAGAAGGAAAGUGUGUGUUCUACGUUAGCGGAGACAGCAGCCUUACCUGCCCUGCAGAGGCGGAAGCACGACGUAAGUUCACGGAAGAUGCGGCGACGUUGUUCGCUUCCGACCAGGUGUGUUUGCUGAGCCCGAGGAGACCAGCGCGGGGAGGCCCGUGUCAGGGCUGCAGGCCGCGUCCCGACACGGAAGCCCUCCGACUCCGGGGGCAGCGCAGGGGCUUCAGGCCACCCCAGCGCCUGAGAAAGCCGGCUCCCAGCAGCCCUCGAUCAACGCCGGCCGCGCUCAAGCCUCACGCUUCAUUCUCCCCACUUCACAGACGAGCAAACUGAGGCAGAGGCAGGCUGAGACUCUCCCAGACCACAGAGCUGGCGCGAAGCACACCGGGCUCGGGAGCCAGGCGUAGCCCAGCAGCCCAGCCCCACACAGCCCUGUUGAUGGAGGCGCGUGUCUGCAAAGACGCAGUAAGUGACAGUCGCCCACGUGCGCUGAGACGCCAGGUUUGCAGCAGAGAGAGGGCUUAUUCAAGAGCCGCCAAGGGAAAAGACGGGAGAGCAAACCUCAAAUCCCCCUCCCGGAAGGCGAGGGGCUGGGGUAUCUAUGGGAUAAAGCUGAGGCUGCGGAGGAGGGAACGGUGAUUGGACAGUAGAAAAAGGUGCGCUGCGAUCCUUCCGCUCCAGGCUUCUUCAUGGGACGCAUGCUCAGAAAAAGGCCUCAUUAACAUCUUCGGAGGGUGGAGUUCGGGGCCUCUGAUGUCAAAGGUCAGGGAGCGGACACUCGCGCAGGCCCAGUUGGAGGGUCGGAAACAACUCAGGGAAACAUCUUUUCUAGGCUCCAGGAGGCCUGGAGGAGGUGCAAGGGUUCCAGCGAACCCGUGGGGGCAGGUUACAGGUGUGAUGUGUCUAGGUGAUGAUCGCCCUCAGACUCACAAGCAGGGUUUCUGCUUCUGCGAGAAGGAAGAAUUGCUUCGGGGGGAUAGUGAAGGGCCCUGGGCCCGCAGGAUAAAGGUCCUCCUCAGCGUCCUCCCUUAUAACACAGUGAACGGACUAAGGCUCCGCUUCCAGGUCAGGGCAGGGGAAAGGGGGCUCUGCCCCUUGUGUUUCUCAUUAUUUCUUAGGCACUUACCGCCUGAAACCGCCUAAGAGCCCUGCCCAACUUUCAGUUGCACCUGCUCUGUGAACAGCGCCCAGGACACUUCCCGUGUGGCCACCAUGGUCCCCCGGAGCUGCUGGGCUCGCGGGCAGACACACAGCAAACAGCAGCACCACUUACUCUACUGGGGGAGCGGUCCAGGAGAGCUUCCUGGAAGAGGUCAUGCCCUAGGUGGAUCUGAAAGGAUGGAGAGUGCCAGGUGGAGUUUAGGGGUGGGCUCCAGAAAGAGAACGGCCUGUGGUGGGGAGAGGGGACGAGGAUGGCCUGCUAUGAAGCUUCCGGUUACAAGGCAAUGACAGGGCAGGCUGGAGAGGAGGCCAGGGAGGACCCUGCUGAGGAGCUGAUUUUAACCUGAGGACACUGAAGAUGAGGUCAAACCUCUGUCACCAGAGGCGGAGCCCGGCACCCAGGAGACAGCCGUCCUAGAGAGAAGCGGAUUGGCUGGAACCAGCGGAGACAUGGUCCCCAAGGCUGACAGAUGCUUGUUACCCCUGCUCUGUGCCAGGCACUGGUGUGUCCUAAACAGCGGUUACCCUUCUGAAGUUCGCAUCCAGUGGGAGGAGACAUUUCAUAACUGCACGCAAAAUGUAAACAGAAGAUAAUUUUAGGUCCUGCAAAAUGCUGUGGAAGAGGCAGAGAAAGCAGAGGCAUUUGGAGGAAGAUGUGGACUUAGGGGUUGGGCUUUCCAGAAGCGCCGUGUUCUAGGCAUCUGUAAUCUGAUGGGAAGGGUCCAGUGAAGCAGGAAGGGCGGUGGGAGUGGGCUCGCUGCAGCAGCCAUGACCUUGAACCGGUGAAGGGGGCAGAGUUCAGAGCUCAAGAGCAGAGUCGGCCUUUGUGUUGAUCUUCUCUUGCUGCUGUAACCAAGCCCUGCCGACGAAGAGGAGACCGCAACAACGUCCCCUUGUGCUGCGUCUCUCGCUUCCUCUUCUGCACCAGCCGCAGAAGGCUGUCUGCAUCUAAGGGCUCCCAUGUUCAGCUCAGGCCUCCUGGAAAACCUCCCUCUUUCGGGGUCAGCCGUCCCAUGAAACACAGCCCUGAGGUUGCACCAGAUUCUCUGGGUCCAGGGAUCAGGCUGUGGGAUGGUGGGGGCCGUUCCUGGGGAUUCCUACAGGAGCAGGAACCCCUUGCGCUGGAGCAGGUGGGAAGGCAGGACGUGGAGGCCUGUGCGCACACACACACACACACACACACACACACGCACAUAGGAUUUUUCCAGAAUAAAGGAGGCCUGAGCACGUUUACAGACAGAAGGAGCCAGAGAGAGGGGCCUCCACAGGCAGGAAGGGAGAGAGGGAGGGAGGGACCUAGCAAGGAGCCUGAGAGGCCGGAGCAGGAAUGCCUCAGCCUCCCCUCGGGGGAACCGUGUGGUCAGCCAGGCCGGCCAGCUCAGGCAGCCCUGGAAGCGGGUGUCCCCUCCGGAAGCCCAGAGGCUGCCCCACCCCCGUCCCCACAAACGCCUGUUGCGGGGAGAUAAGGAGAGCAGGCGAGCCCUGCAUGCCCAGGAUCCCCACAUAGAAGAUGCGUCCAGAGUGGAGCCACGUGAAUGCUGGUGACCUGAGGCUGUAUCCACAGGCGCGAAAGCAGGUUCCCCAAGGCCGUGGACCCUGCGUGGCCCUGUUUGGGUAAGAAAACAAUACUCACAGGACGGAAAUAAAAGGUAGUCUUGCUGGAUAUUGGGGUUGAGGACAAUUUUUUUUUUUUUUUUUUUUGCGGUACGCGGGCCUCUCACUGUUGUGGCGAGGACAAUUUUUAUCACCUUCUUCCGCUCAUCAGCCGAGUUCAGGUUUUCCACAAUGAAAACGAUUUAUUUGUGUCGCUUUUUGUGGUUUUAAGUUGUACGUGUUGAAAAUAAGAAGGAAACCUCAGAGGCCCCAGAGGAGGAGAGAGCGUGGGCCCGACCAGAUGAGGUCAGGUCAGGAACAGCCUGGGAGUCGCAGGGCCAACACCCGCUGCCUGUCCUGAACGUGAGGAACAUUCCUGUGGGUCUGGGGUGCCGGGGGUAAAGCGCCCUCAGCCCCCUGACUUUGAUUUCUCCUGCCCAGCGCCGUGACCUCCGGUGCAACGACCCUGUUUUAAGAACAAGGAUCAGCUGGAGAGGGUGCGGGCUCCCUCCCUCCUGCUGGGGUGAUACCUGGUCCUGUUCAUGGUCCAGUGUCCCCUCGGCUGGCAGCAUGGCAGCUCUGGGCCUCAGUUUCGCUCUCCAGCCCGAACCCUCUGAGUUUUAGAGGGUUUACAACAGUCCGGACUGGGGGCCCGAGACACCUCCUUGGCUGACACUGGCCACAGCCAUGGGGGAUGGCCAGGGGUCCCUCUCCUCAGCAGCCCCCCACUCUGGGCUCCUCUCCUGGGCCCCUCUGGUUGCUAGAAGCCCUUCUCCCUGUUCCCAAAGCAUUGCUAUACCCCAGGGGUUCCCACACCUCAGUCCCCCCACCCCGCCACGGGUGCAACUUUUGCCAUCUCUGCAAAUCCCUUAUUGACUAAAUUAAUAUUUCAUAUUGCUGACAUUUUUAUAACUUCUAAUAAAAAGCAUACAUUAAUGUUUUAAUUUUCCAAUAUAAUUCUUUGUAAUAUUUCAAUUCAUAUUUUAUAACGUUAAAAUAUAAUUAAAGAUACAUUUAUCUUUUAUAGAGAACUUUGUAUCACUAGCGUAGAUGGGAAGCUGAUGUCACUCCCCAGAGUAGAAUGUCGCUAUAGAAAUAAAGACAAUGCACAUACGACUAUGGCCUUGACUUCUAGCCUGAGACUGAUGCAGCUCUUUGUCAAAAAGAAGGAUCAGAAAGUGUUGAAAGGCGCUGAAGAUGCAACGGCACCCUCCUCCUGGAAGCCUUGCACACCUUCUGGGACCGGGGCCCCCCUUGGUUCUCCCACACGCUGAGGAUCAUGGGGCACUGGCGGUGCAGUGAGAGGCACUGUACCCUUCCAUAAACUGGGCUUGACCUGCGGUUCUGUGCGCAAGUCCCUGCGACCCCGAGGGCCCCCACCUCUGGAGAUAGGCCCUCUGGGGGCUGCACACAGGGAUAAGCCAGGCUGUUUUCACCAUUUCCUUCCUUCUGCUCGGGCAAGGGCUGCCCCACACAGAGCGAUCACUGUGGCCUCAGCCAGGACAGCUCAGGCCGGGAAAGGGGCGCCCCGCCAGCAGGCCUGAAAGCUUGUCUUCGCGAGGGGAAACAGCCCGCACUGAGUCCUGGAGGGGCACUGAACCAGGCAGAAAGCAGAGGCUUGAGUGCCAAUGUGGUCUCUGACGUGGAGCGCUGGGCAGCCCUGCACAAGUCACUCUCCGUCUCUGGGCCUCAAUUUCCCAACUCCAAGCAUGAGCCUCGAUCAACAGCUUUCCAGGCUCAGCCCCUUCUGGGUCCCCUUCCCUAUUCCCCCGUCAGCAUCCUCAGCCAGCUGCCUUCCACACCAGAGACCACUUGUGAGAGUUCACUCCGCUGGGGCCAAGCUACUUGGAAUCCGUGGGCCGAGGUGUGGUCUGUGGCGUGCACACCAUCUGCCAGACCAAGGCUUGAGGCAGCCGUCACGGUCCUGCCUGCUGACCAUCCGGGGAGGGUCAACCGGCCUGGACCCCGCACGCUUCACUUCCUUGAUCCCAGCACCCAUUUCACGGAGGAGACAGCCCGGCCGGAGAGGGAGCCCGUCCUGCCCGAUGUCCAUCUGGGCUGCCCUGCUCUUGAUCUGGGCGGCCGCCGAGGCCUCCGAGAACUGCCCCGCCGCGUGCGCCUGCCGCGCCCUGGACACCAUGGGGCUGCUGGUGGACUGCGGGGGCCGGGGACUUGCGGUGAUGCCCGCCCUCCCGGCACACACGCGCCACCUCCUGCUGGCCAACAACAGCCUGCGCUCAGUGCCCCCGGGAGCCUUCGACCACCUGCCGCAGCUGCAGAGCCUCGACGUGGCGCACAACCCCUGGCGCUGCGACUGCGGCGUCACGUACCUGCGCCUUUGGCUGGAGGACCGCGCGCCCGCGGAGCUGCUGCGCGUGCGCUGUGCCGGCCCCGGCCCCGCCUCCGGCCGCGCGCUCGGGCAGCUCAGCGGCUCCGAGCUGGGCAGCUGCGGCUGGAUCCUGCGGGCGACCUGGGCCGACCCGGGGCCCUGGUGGGACGCGGCGCUGGCCGUCGUGGCCGCGCUGGGCCUGGCCCUCCUGGCGGGCCUGCUGUGCACCGUCUCCGUGCCCCGAGCCUGAGCCGGGGCCCCUCCGGGUCAUCGCGGCCCCGGCCCUGGGCAUUCCAACCACCGGUAGCUCAAAAUAAACCAGCGGCUCAGCCGUUACCCAGGCUCGGAGAUGCUUCCCUCUUAGCACCCGAGUCUGUCUCAUCCUGGAAACCUGCGACCGUGUUUGUUUUGACAGAUAUUGACUGGGGCUUCUCUAUCCACCAAGUUCCUAGCAAAAUGGUUUAUCCCACUUCCACACCUCCUCCAGCCACCCCCAAUGCCACCAUCUCUGGACACCCCAGGCACUUCCCCAGGUCCCGGGAGUCCCGUUCUAACACCCUCCUGGCUGCUGGCACCUCCUUCCCAGACGGGCCGCCAGACAGUCCAGGCCACCCUCACAUCAAUGUUCUAAGUUCCACAAAAAACCUUGUCCUAACAACACAGCAGCGAACAGACCCCAGGUGGGAGGAGAGGAGACAUACCUGUGACAGACCUUGGAAGGCACAUCACUGUUCCCAAAAUGGGCUUUGGCCACCCUGACCUGGCCAUGAGGCCACCUGGCCUCGCCCCGCCCCGUCCUUUGUCAUCAUUUCUCUCUCACUCUCUCUCCUUUUCCUCCUCUCUAUGCCUCUUCUUCAGAAACAAAACAACCAAUUCCCCCCUUUCUCAUGGAAGCAACUCCCCUCCGGAUGCUGGCAUCAGACACCUGCAAACUCUGGGCUCCCGCCUCUACCCUAAGCAACAGUCACCAAAGUCUUCAAACAAGAUGCUUCUCUCCCUCAGUGGGUUUCUGGUGCCAGCAGUUAAAAUCUUAAACUUUUUUCCACCAUAUGAGAUAAUAAUUUCAGAUCCAUCACUGGCCAACCCAAAUCCAAUAUAAUUAUACCAAAGAUCCCCCCAGCAAGGAGGUUCACAUAGUGGGGCUGUGGGUCAGAGGGUGCCACGAGGGAGGCCAAGUGGGCACCAGGCGCCACCGGAGGGCAGUGACCCACAGAGGUGAGGCUGGACCAGGAGCCCCAAACUUGGGGCUGGUGGACAAUAGGGAGUGGUGGGGACUGUGGUAAACCAGGGAUCCCACGCUCCAUCCAGAGGCCCAGUGGAAUGUUGCCACGUGGAAAGGUGGCCAGGUGCCCGUUCUUACAGAGAGGUUGGAAGAAGUUUAUGUUAAACUGAAUUAUUCAAGCAUUGGCGACUAAAUUUAAAUUUUUUUUAAAUAUACAUCAACGGGACAAAUAAAACAUAUUAAUCAA